AUGGAUGAUGCAAAAUCAAUGAAGACUUCAAUGCAUCCAUCUACAACUUUGGGUCUGGAUGAAGACUCACCAGACGUAGAUAGCACCAUGUACCAAGGAAUGGUAGGCUCACUCUUGUACCUAACGACAUCCAGACCUGACAUCAUGUUUAGCGUCUGCGUCUGUGCCAAAUUUCAAGUAAGACCUAAGGAGGUACAUUUACAAGCUGUUAAACAUAUUCCAAGAUAUCUUAAAGGAACAGUUAACCUAGGAAUCAACUUCUAUAGAAGCCAGAAUUUCUCUCUAUCAGGAUAUUGUGAUGCAGAUUACGCACGAGACAAAUGGAAGAGAAAAAGCACUAACGGAGGAUGUCACUUUCUUGGUCGCUGCUUAGUUUCAUGGACUAGAAAAAGGCAAAGCACGAUUGCAUUAUCAACUUGCGAAGCUGAGUACAUUGUUGCAGGACAAUGCCUUGCGCAGCUUCUUUGGAUCAAACAUUAG